AGGUAGGAAGCGCGCUCAGUUUGCUCCCUUCUUUGAGGCGCGUGAAAUUGCGCGUCGUGCAGGUUUGCGGAAAGCGCGACAGUGGUACAGCUGGCACAAGCAAAACCAUCCGCCUGGGGUUCCAUCGUCGCCCAACGUUGUCUAUGCGAACUCCGGCUGGAAAGGAUUUCCUGACUUUCUUGGGUACGAAGGCAAGUCCAUGCCACGCCGCGCGUCACCUGGUUGCCGACCUAGGCGGAAUUUUCCUAGCGGUGUGGAUCCUUCGAAAGUAGGAAGUACUGGCCUUUUGCGGUACUCGCAGCGGGUAGAGGCCAUCGAUUUCGUGCACCGAGAAAUACAAAAUCAAAUACAAACUCUGACCGACAACAUGGAGUGCCCAAAAAUCGAGUUUACUAAUCUGCCACUAAACUUCGCUGCCAGUAUGUUGUUCCGCGUGACCAGCAGCAACGACGCGCUCGAGGCACCGGACCUGUGGCUACCCAUUCUUGUUCGCUCAUCCUCAUAUAGGUACAAGUCCGGACUGGGACUGCAACAGGAACAGCCGCAGAGUAGCACGCGAAACGAGGUCGACUACGCGUCGCCGAGCUACCGCUACUUCAGAUGUGAGCCGCACCAAAAGGAGCGACUCCAGUACGGACCACUUUUAUGCGUGGCGCCACGCGAGGGAAAGAUGUUCUUACAGGACAGCUUCUACAGCCGAUUUCGCACCAGAUUCAAGAUUCCCACUUCUGCAGCUGUAGACGCGACUGCAGUUCGCGAUUUCCUAAUCGAGAGGUGGAACACUACAAAUGAGACGAAGAAGAUGCCAUUUGACGGAUGGGUAAGGAAAUUGCAAACGCGGUCGCAAGACAAGCCCACAUAUGACGGAUUGCUGCAGCUACGCAAAAUUCUCUACGAGCCGUUGGGGUACCGAUUUGAAUUUUCUCCGACUGAACAGUCCGACAUCAACCUUUGCAAUGCUCGUCUUGGGCAAUACCGUGUCGUGCAUCGGAGAGCAUCGCAGCACUGGCGAGGCUUCUCGGGAGCGCGAUCACUGAAGGUCCUACUCGCUACAUCGCGUCUCGAUGGCAUAGUUUUCUCUGGGCCCGGUACCAACAUUCACCUGCUUGACUUUCUUGUCGUCUUCCAUAAUUCCGUGGCUGCGAAUGGCGAUAUUAUUGCAGGAGUCUUCAUCUUUCCGCGCAAAGUCAUUGAGGAUAACUUGAAUGACCGAGAAGAGAAUUUCUGCCCGUGCUUUUCUCUUCAUGUACCGACUGCCAGUCCGCGUUACGAAUCCGGGCGGCAAGCAAGACAGUGGCAGGAGCCAUACUACAUUGAUCUAACGAGAGCGCUACAAGAUGCAGAACGUGCUACAGUCGCACAAAAUGCGGCAAGGAAAAUAUUCACAGAAUAUCCGCAGCAAGAGCAUUGAUUUGAAUUGGAACACGAACAACAGGGAUAUUGAGGCAGCUUGAAUAAACUACAUUUUCAUUUCCAUCGAACAAGCACAAUUCCGUACGCGAUAGAGAUGGUUUGAAAGAAAAACGGAACGUUGGAAAGCAAAACAGUACCGAAAAUCACUGCCAUACGUUAACGAUUUUCUCCUUCUGGACGAGAAGAACGGCGGUGCGGACCGGAUAAAUAUGACGGGAAAUUCACUGUUUGAAGCAGGGAAAAGACAGCUAAGCCAUCCAGUGGAGGAGCUGAUGGGAGCAGGGAUUGGUGCAAGGCCGGAUCCGGAUUUGUUCAGGAUAGCGGUAGGAGCCGAUCCGGCAAAUAUGGGAAAAUACUAUGCAAAAGUUUAUAUGCGUGAAUUAGCGUUCUAGAGACUCCCAUCAAUUCCUCCCGUUCCCGCUGCCUGUUUUCAACACCUCAGACGUGUCAAGUACGCUUGCGUCUCCAAGGAGGAAUGGUGCCGUGGAGCAUGAUCAGCUCAUUGAU